AUGGUGUGGGGAGCACUGCGACUGCAAAGCGCUGGCUUGAGCGUGAACUUCAGAUACUCUUCUCUGCAAGUGGAUAUUGUUCCAAGUCAGGGGGAGAUCAGCGUUGGAGAAUCCAAGUUCUUCUUAUGUCAAGUGGCAGGGGAAGCCAAAUACAAAGACAUUUCCUGGUUUUCCCCUAACGGUGAGAAGCUGACACCCAACCAACAGCGCAUCUCAGUGGUGCGGAAUGAUGACUUCUCUUCCACUCUCACCAUCUACAACGCCAACAUCGAUGAUGCUGGUAUCUACAAGUGUGUCGUCAGCAGUGCGGAAGAGGGAGACUCUGAGGCCACCGUCAAUGUGAAAAUUUUCCAAAAGCUAAUGUUCAAGAAUGCUCCCACCCCUCAGGAAUUCAAAGAAGGGGACGAUGCUGUGAUUGUGUGUGAUGUGGUCAGUUCACUGCCUCCCACCAUCAUCUGGAAGCACAAAGGCAGGGAUGUUAUCCUAAAAAAAGAUGUCCGAUUUAUAGUCCUGUCCAACAACUACCUGCAGAUCCGUGGAAUCAAGAAAACGGAUGAAGGAACGUACCGUUGCGAGGGCCGGAUCUUGGCUCGUGGGGAGAUCAACUUCAAAGAUAUUCAGGUCAUUGUAAAUGUGCCUCCUUCUGUGCGUGCCAGACAGAGUACUAUGAAUGCCACUGCCAACCUCAGCCAGUCUGUCACCUUAGCAUGUGAUGCUGAUGGCUUUCCUGAGCCAACCAUGACGUGGACAAAGGAUGGAGAGCCAAUAGAGCAGGAGGAUAACGAAGAGAAAUACAGUUUCAACUAUGACGGCUCUGAGCUGAUCAUCAAGAAGGUGGACAAGAGCGACGAGGCGGAGUACAUCUGCAUUGCUGAGAACAAGGCUGGCGAGCAGGAUGCCACCAUUCACCUCAAAGUUUUUGCAAAACCCAAAAUCACAUAUGUGGAGAACAAAACAGCCAUGGAGCUCGAGGAUCAGAUCACACUGACCUGUGAGGCCUCUGGGGACCCAAUCCCUUCCAUCACUUGGAGGACUUCCACCCGGAACAUCAGCAAUGAAGAGAAGGCUUCGUGGACCCGGCCCGAGAAACAAGAGACCCUGGAUGGGCGCAUCGUAGUACGUAGCCAUGCCCGGGUGUCGUCCCUGACGCUCAAGGAAAUUCAGUACACAGAUGCCGGAGAAUAUGUAUGUACAGCCAGCAACACCAUCGGGCAGGACUCCCAAGCCAUGUACCUCGAAGUGCAGUAUGCCCCCAAGCUUCAGGGUCCAGUGGCUGUCUAUACCUGGGAAGGGAAUCAAGUGAACAUCACCUGUGAGGUAUUUGCUUACCCCAGUGCUGUCAUCUCCUGGUUCCGAGAUGGACAACUGCUUCCUAGCUCAAACUACAGCAACAUCAAGAUCUACAACACUCCAUCAGCAAGCUACCUGGAGGUGACACCAGACUCUGAAAAUGACUUCGGAAAUUAUAACUGCACUGCUGUGAACCGCAUUGGCCAAGAGUCCUCAGAGUUCAUCCUCGUGCAGGCAGAUACUCCGUCCUCUCCGUCCAUUGACAGAGUGGAGCCCUAUUCCAGUACUGCCCAGGUGGAGUUUGAUGAGCCUGAGGCCACCGGUGGGGUGCCUAUCCUCAAGUACAAAGCAGAGUGGAGGGCACUGGGCGAGGGAGAAUGGCAUUCCAAGUUGUAUGAUGCAAAAGAAGCAAGCGUGGAGGGCAUGAUCACCAUCACUGGCCUGAAACCUGAGACAACCUACUCUGUGAGACUCUCUGCAGUCAAUGGCAAGGGUGUGGGUGAGAUUAGCCUGCCAUCUGACUUCAAGACACAGCCAGUUCGCAUCCCUCAUUCACAAGGAGAACCCAGCGCACCCAAACUGGAAGGUCAGAUGGGAGAAGAUGGAAACUCCAUUAAAGUGAAUGUUAUCAAGCAGGAUGAUGGUGGCUCCCCAAUUAGACAUUAUCUGAUCAAAUACAAAGCUAAGCAUUCUCCAGAAUGGAAACCAGAGAUCAGACUUCCCUCUGGCAGCGACCAUGUCAUGCUCAAGUCCCUGGAUUGGAAUGCGGAGUAUGAGGUUUAUGUGAUAGCUGAAAACCAGCAAGGGAAGUCCAAACCAGCUCACUAUGCUUUCCGAACUUCGGCUCAGCCUACUGUCAUCCCAGCCAGCACUAGCCCCACAUCAGGCCUUGGGACUGCUGCCAUCGUAGGCAUCCUCAUUGUCAUCUUUGUGCUGCUCCUGGUGGCUGUGGAUGUCACCUGCUACUUCCUGAACAAGUGUGGCUUGCUGAUGUGCAUUGCUGUCAACUUAUGUGGGAAAUCUGGCCCAGGAGCCAAGGGCAAAGACAUGGAGGAGGGCAAAGCCGCCUUCUCGAAAGAUGAGUCCAAGGAGCCUAUUGUAGAGGUGCGGACUGAAGAGGAGCGGACCCCCAACCAUGAUGGAGGAAAACAUACAGAGCCCAAUGAGACCACACCACUAACGGAGCCAGAGCACCCUGCUGAUACUGCAGCUACCGUUGAGGACAUGCUGCCUUCUGUAACCACGGGCACCACUAACUCUGACACUGUCACUGAAACCUUUGCCACUGCUCAGAACAGCCCCACCAGCGAGACCACUACACUGACCUCCAGUAUUGCCCUGCCAACCACAGCCAUUCCUGACUCAAACUCCAUGUCGCCUAGCCAGCCCACUCCAGCCAAAGGGGCAGCUGCCUCAGUCUCUUCGCCACCACCUUCCUCCACCCCCAAGGUGGCUCCCCUUGUUGAUCUCAGUGAUACCCCAAGCUCUACUCCAACUACUAAUAAUUUGUCUUCAAGUGUCCUGGCCAACCAAGGUGCAGUGCUCAGCCCCAGUGCUGUUGCUAACGUGGCCGAGACCUCCAAAGUGGCACCUGGUAACAAGUCAGCUGCCCCAACCCCUGCCAACCUCGCUAGCCCUCCACCUCCAUCAGAGCCCAAGCAGGAGGUCUCAAGCACCAAGAGCCCCGAAAAGGAAGCUGUGCAGCCCAGUACAGUGAAGAGCCCGACAGAGACAACCAAGAACCCAAGCAAUCUGAAGAGCGAGGCUGCUUCAGGCAGCACAAUCCCCUCCCAGAAUGAGGACUUUAAAAUGGACGAAGGGACCUUCAAGACACCAGACAUUGAUCUUGCAAAGGAUGUUUUUGCAGCUCUUGGCACUACUACUCCUGCCAGUGUGACUAGCGGGCAAGCUCAUGAGCUCGCGUCUUCCACUGCAGACAGCUCUGUACCUGCUGCACCUGCAAAGACCGAGAAAGUCCCAGUAGAAGACAAAUCCGAAGUGCAAGCAUCGGAAACUAAGACACCUCCAGCAGAAGUCAAGACGGUCCCCAAUGAAGCCACACAAACAAAUGAAAAUGAGAGCAAAGCAUGAUUAGCAACAGAUGGAAACAAAUGACAGAACAACUUCACCGGAGCAUUUAAAACACAAAACACACAUCUCAUUCCUCUAGUGUCUUUUGCCUUUUUUUAAAAAAACAAACAAAACAGAAAAUGCAUUAAGGGGGGAGGGGAAUCUCUCUUUUUCUUUUUUUUUUUUUUUAAUUUCUAGAAAGGUUCUAUUUGUUGUGCACUUGCUUUUAAGGAGUAAUACAUUUUAAAAACAGGGUUAAACCCACAACCAAAUCAGGGCUCAGCUGACCCUGUGUAUAUUAAAAUAAGCAAAACUGCAAAUACCAGUUACAGCAUGGUUAGGAAGCUCAAAGUCGACUAAUCUCAGACAAAAAGAAAGAAAAAAAAGACCCUUUUCUUUCCUUGGUUAGUAUAGUAGAUAUAACCACUUGUACUACUUAGUACAGCUGGUACUUAAUGAACAAAGUUCACAAUUUAUUUUUAUACUUUUCAUUGAAGUUUGAAAUAUGUAAAGCCUCAUAAAUAAGUUAUAAUUUCUGUUCACCUUGUAUUUGUUCAGUAUGCAAAGUGUCUUGUGCUCUUUGUGACUGAAUCUUGUUCUCCAUGUUAGACAUUUGGUGGUUUUGGGGUUUUUUUGGUUUGGUUGCUUUUUUUUUUUUUUUUUUAGGAAGAAUGCCAAAAUUGCAGCUUCGGGGAUAUAUUUCAAUUUGCAGUAUUCAGACUCUACAUUUCUUUAAAUUUUAUGUUAAUUUUUUUGCCAACUUUUGUUCUUUCCAGUGUUUACAAUUGACAAUUUUUUUUAACUUUUGUUGUGUUUAAAUGUAUGUGUAAAAUAGCUGCCUUUUUUAAGUAAAUACGGUCUAUAGAUACUAGAUUAGUAGCAUGCUUGCUUUGCAAAGGGAGACAUUUUAAAAUAUGGAUGUUUACAGUAGUUGUUUCCCCAUCAUCUUUUUUUAAUUAUGAUGAUUAUUAUUAUUAUUAUUAUUAUUUCUUACUGGAGUAAGAAGAAAAGUAAUGCUGCUUUUUUUCUAUUUUUCUUUUUUUUUUUUUUUUUUGUGGGUAUUCAAACCACUUGUCAUAAAUCAAGGUCUCUAUCCAGCAAUCCACACAAACACACCCUUAACUUUGAACAGAAGAGCUGCUGGUGAGAGUCCUUGUAUGCUUAAAGUUAGCAAAAGUUUAAGUCCCUUGCUGGACUUGGGCCUGACUGCAUAAGAGAAAUAUAGUCUCUACUUUUCUAAGACAUUUUACCCUUUCCUUCAUGGAACUCUCCCAGAGCUUUGACAAGCAGAAGGGAGAUUGUACAGUUAGGGCUGGUCUGGUCUAGUCUCAGGUGUCUGACUGUAUCAAUUCCCCCCUAGUAAGUCAGUUGAUACCAUUUACUUUGACCCUAGAAAGCAGAUAUACAAGGAAAGCACUCGUGAACUUCAGAAAAAUAAUGCCGCCUUUUGAGAAGUGGUACACCCAAAAAGGAGUGUCCUUCCUUCACGUGGCCCAAAUUCAUGAGCACAAGGGUCAUGCAGCAUACAAGACCCCUCCUGAAAAUGCAGCUCUGUUGCGUGUGUUGAGUCAUCUCUAUGUGCUCUGCAGAACCAAAGCCUCAAAGGUGAGAUUAAAAGCUUGGAAAUUAAUGCAAGGACUCACUGAUUUCACUGAUCUUUGGAUCAUGAAUCCAUGGAUCAUUUUCUGAUAGUCAGAAAAGGAGGUUGAUGUAGAAUGCACGUUGUCAUUAUGUGUGGGGAGCUUAUCAGUAACAGUCAUCAUUUGGAGUCACAGAGAACCCUGAGAUUUUGGGGGGAGGAAGGAGGCUAGAGCAAGGGAAAAGUGGAGGUAUGCAGAAGACCAGCCCAUUGUAUAGAGAUGUUCCUUCUUUCAGGAGUUUUGGGAGUUGGUGGGUUUUUUUCUCUUUUUCUCUCCUUCUCUCUCUCUCUCUUUUUUUUUUUUUUUUUUAAUUCUACUUUAGAUCUGCAAGCUUGUGCACUGUGG